AUGAAACGGGGAGUUGCGGAUGAUGAAUGUCUCGAUUGCCCUCCCCCUCCAUCUGAUGGCAUUCUAUACGGAUCUGAUUACGUGAAACAGACUCUAGCGAUUCUGGACGAAUCGAUCCAAGAAGAAAUUUUUCGCUUAUUUAGGUCAGUGUAUGGCCAAAAUUGCACUGUUUGGUUUCCUCACCGCUGUUUAUUCCUGGGGCUUUCAGAGUCCGUCUGCCAGCACGAUCGUGUCCUAACAGUCACUUUCCAAAAGCAGAAAAGAGGCGAUUUGAUUCAGCACCGUUCAAGCAAGUUUCCUAUUACGUGCAGGGCUUUCCCCUCGUCAGAGUGUUGCCAUGUCUUCGUUUCCAAAAAAUUCUUUACCAAAGACGGCCAAGUGUUUACGAUCGACAUCGGCCGGCUUGAAGAGCUCGGCGAAGUGAUUGAAUUGCUCCGAGAUCAUUUUUUCGCAACGUCACCCAACCGUUAUCUGGUAAACGAUUGGAGCGGGGCUAGUGAUAGCAAUCGCAUGUCCGACCACCUUUCCAACUGCCUGCGCCAUCCUGUUUCCUUGACUGUACGGGAUUCGGCCGGCCGACUAGUGGCGGUCAGACUAAACGAACUAGAAACACCAGAGGAUGUUCAUCUUGAUAGUCUGACAUCACAAUCAAAGCGAAGAUUGAUUACGGCAUUGUUAACAGAUCUCGAAGCAGGAUUUGAUUUGUUCACCACCUACACCACAAACAAAAUUCUCAGUCUAGCCAUGAUGGCUGUCGACAAAAACUACUGUAAACUCGGUUUGGCAACCACAUUGGUGGGUUUGUCACUGGAAUUGGGAAAAGCGAACGGCGCCGGUGCUGUCAAAGUGUGUGCCGUGAGUCAACACGCAGCGAAAGUUGCUGCUAAACACGGCUUGGAAACGCUGCGCACUAUUGAUUACGCCACGUACGAAUUCGAAGGUGGCAAACCUUUAGCGCACCUUGAUGAUUUGCUAGCAGAACAUCCAGUGGCAGCGUUCUUGGCGUGCCGUUUGAACUAGUGCCUUUUGUUGAUGUGUAACGGCAGCUUUGAAAAAUAAAAUCAAUUCAUUGAG